AUGUCUGAAUUUGAACCAGUUUCUUUGACUCUCAAACCCUCUCCCACACAGUCAGUGGCAAUCGAGAUCCUUCCUCAUGGUCUCACUAUUCACAGAGUUUUAGUGGAGACUGACGGCCGUACACAUGACAUUGUUAUUGGCCCAGAAGAGCCACAAGGACAUCUUUCCCAAAAGUACACAAACACGGUGGUUGGGAGAUACGCGAAUAGGGUCCCUGUCGGUACUCAUACGUUGGAGCGAAACGGGGUCAAAAGCGAAUUUUCUGCACAAUCCAAUGAAUCUCCACAAGUUUCUCUGCAUGGCGGACCGGUUGGGUUUGACGCUGUGCCUUGGACUUUACUGUCAUCGGAGAAUCCUCCUCAACUAUUCUCCAAGGCGGAGUUGAGCCGCUUGAAUAAAUUAUCAGAAACUUCCUCUUCAUUCGCCGUUUUUCAACUACAAUCUCCUGACGGUGAUCAAGGCUGUCCGGGUUCAUUGACAGCCGAGGUCUGUAUCGCUCUCAUAGGGCCCGACAACGCUCUAAAGCAGGAAAAUGUAACGACUACUGAGAAUGCCUUGGGCAGUAUCGUCAUUAUUUACCGUGCAAAAUUGAAUGGCGAAACAAAAACUGUUACUCCAGUUAAUCUUACACAACACUGGGGCUUCAAUUUGGAGGCCAGUCUGCAGGAUGGCCCUGAAUCGCUUCUGGUGAAAAACCACGCGCUCACUAUCAAGGCCGAUCAUGUUGCUGAACUUGGUUCGAAUGCUCUUGCCACUGGUAACUUCAUCCCUGUUUCGACUGUUCCCGCCCACGACCACAGUGGCAAACUCAUUGGAAGCGAGAUGCCUAAUUCCGGCUAUGAUGAUUACUAUCUAUUCGAAGAUAAAGCCAAAUCCUCGAUACCAACUCGGAUACCUUCGGUUUCAUUCAAUGAACAGUCCGACUUUCUGGAAGAUCUGCUUCGGCCCGCAAACGACGAGAAUCGAGGAAGUCGUCCGGAGCCUUUGGCAACGUUAUCAUCUGCAAAGUCUGGUCUCAAGCUUGAGUUUGAUAGCAAUCAGCACGGCGUGAUGUUCUAUUCUAACGCAAUGGCUAGCGUAACCAAAGGAGCGCGAAAGAAGAUUCACGGCGGCUCCGGAAUCACUGGUCACGGCGAUGCUUAUGGUCCAGGAACCGCGGUGUUUCUAGAGUUCCACAAUCCUAUCGCGGCGUUCUUGCAUCCAGCGAAUAAGGACGGCGAAGACACACUUCUCACAUCUGACGAGGUGUAUCAUAACUACGUCCGUGCUGACAUCAAGGCUCAUGCCAAGGCAUAG